AUUUUAUGGUAAUGUGGAUAAUUCUGGGAUCGUGAAGCAGAUUCUGUACCAAGGAAUCAUUGCCAGAUAUCUACGUAUCCUACCCACAAUGCACCAUGGAGCUGUUUGUAUGAGAGCUGAGAUAUAUGGAGUAAAACUCCAGUCAGCCUCUAAAGUAAACUACGCCUACCAUAAAACAGCAACACAGUCCACUACUGGUUGGGGUGGACCGCCUGAUCGUGCAGUUGAUGGGAAUCGUAAUCCAAACUAUGAUACUGGUAAAAGCUGCACCCACACGGCCGAUUCUGACAACGAGCUCUGGUGGAUGGUUGAUCUUGGUCAGAGUAUACCUGUGUAUGAGGUGUUCAUUGUUAAUAGGGAUACUAACUCCGAGAGACUGCAUGACUUUCUAAUUCUUAUUGGUGGGAGUUCAAGCAAUGGUGGUAAAUCCAAUCCCGUUUGUAACAGUGUGAAGGGCCCACUGCCCUCUGGGAUUGGAACGUCUAUCUACUGCCAUCAAAGCAUGAUGGGACGGUUCUUGACUAUCACGUUUGACAAUCAUGGGGGAAUCCUCACAUUAUGUGAAGUUGAAGUUUACACUAAAGGUGACUGACUGCAAAAUA